AUGGGGAGAGAGAAGGGGACACGUGGCAGAAGGAGGGGGGCGGUUGUUCUAGAAUACACGUGGGCGAUAACGUUUUUUUCUCUCUCCUGGGCAGUCCGUGCGACUGGUUUUUGGGAGGGUGCUGACCGCAGCCGGACACGUGUCGCGCAUGGAAGUGUGGUGCAUCGUGUCGAUGGAGGUUUAUGGGGUGCGCUGUGGUCACUGCUUACGUCAUCUCUUUUGGACGGUUGCGUGAGUCGGUCUGGGCCGGGUCGUUCUCGGGAUCCGAGUUCAGUCGGCGGGUCAAUGAGCCGACAAUGGUACGCUGGUAGGGUUGGACGGAACACGUCAGCGCUGUCGUCCUACACGUGUGCUGGCAUGUCGACAGCUGGGUGGAGUAAAUAUUGCGGUUAUUAUCAACAACAAAAAAAUGUAAAUGUUACGGCUUGGUAUUAUUCGCACAUGUUUUAA